CUUCCUUAUUGUUGAAAUAUUCUUAGGCUUUAAUGUAUUUCUGUCAAACUGUUCAUCUCUGUUGAUAGUAUACCUAUGCACUUCUAUACUUUGAAAUGCAAAUAGACUGCAGUCUAUCAAACGCAACUUCCUUUUUCUGUUGUCAAGGGGAAACUGCUUGAAAGAAACGUCUAGCUUCUCACACGGCUUCAAGAAGGAGACAAUAAAAGUGGACUCUUAACUUACAGGUGAAAAACAUCUGUAUGCUUGGUGGCUGUCAAUCAAAUUUAAAAACUGCAUUUGUCAGAGUUCAUCUCAUUUUAAGUGAGAAUGAUGUCCAACCAUUCAUAUGGACCACACCUCUGUAAGACCAACAUGUCGGAGGAGGUGAGGCUGUUCCAGAGGGUUGUGUACAGCCCCGUGUUUUUGCUGGGUCUGGCCCUGAACCUCUCUGCUCUGAGGGUGUUCUACCGUAAGAGAGCCAGCUUUACAGACACACACAUCUACAUGCUCAACCUGGCUGUGGCCGACUGUGCCCUCAUCACCUUCCUGCCCUUCAGGAUCUACCACACCUUCUUCAGCAUUACCUCUCCUGGCCUCUGUGCUGUUCUGGUUCUCAUUAACUUCACCAACAUGUAUGCUAGCAUUUUCACUGUUACUGCUAUCAGUGUUCAGAGAUUCAUCGCCAUUCAGUUUCCCUUCCACUCCAGGAGAAUGGGCUCCAAGAAGCAAGUGGCUGUUGUAGUGUGUGUGAUGAUAUGGGUGACUAUUGUGGUCCUGUGUGUGAUAUUCAGGGAGCACAAUAGAUCUGACCACAAUCUGGCCUGCUUUGAGAGGGAAUUCCAUUUGUUUCCACUGGGCUACAUUCUGUCUCUGGAGAUACUGGGAUAUGUGGUUCCUCUUCUCACAAUGCUGCUUUGUUCAUGUCAGAUGAUCUGCACUCUGCUGGCCUACAAGGACAUGCACUCAUAUAAGGACAACAGGAAAAGUAUUAGAAUAAUAUCAGCCAAUUUGGUAGUCUUUUUCAUCUGUUACACUCCUAUCCAUAUGGCAUUUUUCAUGAAACUCUAUGUUGCCUACAAAGUCCCCACUGACUGCCAACAGUAUAAUUUGAUGCAUAGUGUUUAUCAUGUCUCAGAAUGGAUUGCCACAACAAACUGCUGUUUAGAUGCUAUUGGAUAUUUCUUCUUGGUAAAGGAGUUCCGCAAGGAACUGAUCCCAGGGAAGACAGUGCAAAGAGAGAAUCGAGACUCUCCAGAGAGAAUUGCUCUCUCUAGAACCAAAUAGGAAUUGAGAGGAAUUAUCAGCUACUGUAUAUUCUGUUUUGGCCUGGUGAAUGCUGUCACUUGAAAAAUCAUUCAAAAUCUGAUGGUUAUACAGAUAUAUGAAUUAUAUACAUAUUUUCCAGCUAUGUAGGUGUCUGGUGUCGUCUUUUUUGAACAACUGAAGGGUAGUUUAUGUUAAAAACUGUUCUGUUUUACUGGACUUAACUUUUGGCAGGCUAUUGUCUCCCCCCUUGUAUUCAGGAUGGUCAUCACACCCUGCUUUAUGCUAAAAUACAUUCACAUUUAUAUUGAACGAUAGAUAUUUACAUGGUUUAUAUUGAAUAAUCAAUAUUGACAUUGUUUAUAUUGGAUAAUGGAUAUUGACAUGGCUUCUAAAAUCAGAAAAAAAUUAUAAAAAUGAUAUACA